CAGCUUAAAUUCAUGCUUUUAUUGGUUACAUGCGGAACAAAAACUGAUUUUGUGCUGUUUGAUUGCUUAUUUCUCCAAAACUUGACUCGUCAAGAGCGCCUAGCAAUGCUCAAGCAAACACCCAUGGGUUAAUGUAUUCGAAAUAUUUAAAUUGAUUGAAUUAUUUGUUUAUUUCAUUUAUAUACAUGUUAACUUCUUUUUUUUUGCGUAGCUAAGUUUUGGUUGCUUCCAGACCUUACCUUUAAAUUUAAGUUCUGAUAAUGUGCUGUUUUCGUUUACAGAGUCAAAGCUGACAUUGGUAUCUUUUCCUUUCCUCUUUUAAAAGAGGGUAUGUGCUGUAUAUUAAAAUCAUGUCAUAGUAACAUCCCCUUUCCCUGGAUAGCGUGGCUGUGAGAUGGAGAAUUAAAACCGAAAACGAGCACUGCUGGAUGCAAACAAUCAAUGGCAGCAACCAUUUCACUUUUACUUCAGAACUAGAGGAUCCUUUUCAACGGGAUUCAGGGUUCAGUCGUUUGACUCAUUGCUAUAGCUGUGCUUAAGAGAACCGCUCUUUCUUUACCGUUUCCUUCAUUCACGAUGUCCGAUCAGCCGGUAACUUUACCCGUGUGCAGGCGCCUGACGUACGCCGUGGGACAUUUCUUCAACGACCUCUGCGCGUCCAUGUGGUUCACGUAUUUACUGGUGUAUUAUCACUCGGUUCUCGGUUUCAAGGACACGAACGCAGGUGCGCUGCUGCUGGUCGGUCAGAUCGCGGACGGCAUCUGCACGCCGCUCGUCGGUUACGAAUCCGAUCGGACGUCAGGAUGCGGAAAGUAUGGGAAAAGAAAGACCUGGCAUUUAGUGGGAACAAUAAGCGUGUUUGCCUCCUUUCCCUUCAUAUUCAACCCCUGCAUUGGAUGUGAUGAGAAAACCCCACAGACCACAGGAAUGAUUUACGCCAUCCCAUUCAUCAUUAUCUUCCAAUUCGGCUGGGCUGCUACCCAGAUAUCCCACCUGUCGCUCAUUCCUGAACUGGUCACAUGUGAGCACGCCAAAGUGGAACUAACAUCAUACAGGUAUGCCUUCACAGUGGUGGCAAACAUUGCGGUAUAUGCUGUAGCAUGGCUCUUGUUCCACUUCCAAUCCCAACAUACAGAAGACCAGAGUCUGGGCUGGGUUGAUGUUCCCACAUUCAGAUAUCUGUCACUCAUAAUAUGGGCCAUCGGUAUUGUUACCUCCAUCAUCUUUCACCUGGGCACUAAGGAGGAAGGAGUCCAGCCUCAGGAGAGUGAAGAGACUGGCUCUUCCCAGAUCUCCGGACCCCUACUCCUGUGGAAACACUGGCUCGUUGAGCCUGCCUUCUAUCAGGUUGCAAUACUAUAUAUGUGCACAAGACUGAUUGUAAAUUUGUCCCAAACAUACAUCCCAAUGUAUCUGACAAACUCCUUAUCACUUCCAAAGAACUACAUUGCAACUAUUCCCCUGGUCAUGUAUGUCAGUGGGUUUGUUUCUUCUCUGGUUAUGAAGCCUGUUAACAAAUGGAUCGGCACUUCAAUGGUCUAUUUUGUAGGUCUUGUGCCCAUAAUGGUGUUUUCCUUUUGGGUUUUGGUGGACACAAACAUGGGUACACGGGUUUAUGGAGCCGCCGUGCUGCUGGGAGCUGGAUCUGCUGUCAUUCUGGUCAUGUCACUGUCCAUGACUGCCAAACUCAUCGGCGAUCAAAGACAAAGUGGUGCUUUCGUGUACGGUGCAAUGAGCUUCACUGAUAAGGUGGCAAAUGGAAUUGGAGUGAUGAUAAUACAGGCUUUACAUCCCUGUCACACACUGGACUCUGACUGCAAAUGGUUUUACCGCACUGUCAUGGUGAUCGUCACCGGCGGUGUGGCUGGCGUUGCAGCUCUCUGUCUCUCUACCCUUCUCAUCUGGCCCAUCGCAAUUCGCCGACGUCUUGCGGUCAUCAGAGGGCUGAUGAGUACACAUGACGAUGAGACAAACAGCCGUGAGAUCAAUGGUAUACUGAACUGACAGGUGUGUUAAAAACAGCGUUAAAAACUUGAAAACACUCAACAUUCUGUGAAAGACUGGGCCGCACUGCAGAGGAAACACUACGUGUCCUUUUGUAACUAACCAGGAACAAGGAAGAGAAGAAAAUUUGCUGUGCUGUGGUCACGAGUUCUUGUCUCAGCCCUUCGGAGAUGCGAGUUUCAGCAUUGUUCUUACACUGUCAACAGGUUCUUUGUGUGACGUUUUCAAAUAUGAACUCAGGUCUGUCACAUGGAGUGACAGUUCGAACAGGACAACAAUGAUACGACACAUUCAAGAGGAGGAAGUUGCUCUGCUGAAAAUUUCCCAAAUAUUUCUGAGAAUUCCACUGGAAAUGAAAAACACAUCUAGUAUGUGUGAUAACUUUGUAAAGUGGCUUUUGAAUACAAUACAGAUACUGACCAUUCUUGAAAGCUUUGCAGAUGCUUGCUGUAAAGUCGGAAUAGCACAAAUAUGUUUGCAGUAAAGCUUGUUCAGGCGGUUAUGCCUGUACUGUUUUGAAGUGGUACACGUGAUACUUGUAAGAGAGUUGUCACAUUUUUCUAAAACUGAAAGUUUUUGGGAUGGUGUCAUUGCAUUUCCUGUUGUCAUCGGUUCUGCAUUUACAUUCUAUGGACCAGAACAAAGAAAUCUUCAUGGCUUAAUUCACUGACACAACCGUUUUUAAGCUGUUUAGUGCUCUGCCAAGAGAAAACUAACUAGUUGGCCACUAAUACUGCUUUGACACUUUGAGUUGAAUGAGUUCACCUGUAGCUUGUUUAAAGUUUAUGGCAGUUACAUUUUUAUCCACUAGAGGGAGACAUGUUAAGAAGCUUCGUGGCACUGCAGUGGAUUUUGGAAAUUCACAAAGUAGAAAAAGAACUUGUGAACAGUGCCCAUUAAUUAUUAUUAAUUUAACUCUAAUCAUAAAAAGGAAGACAGAUUUAUUACUGUUGUAAAUUACAAUUGUACUGUAAAUUUAAAAAAUGAAUAAUUAAUAAACAUUUUUGUCAGCCGCACCCUUUAUACAAAACAUAUGUGCUUGAAAUACCCCUGAGAUUUUAAGUUAAUAAUUUAACAGCGCAUUAAUAUGAAUAAUUAUUACUGAUUGAUUAUUAUUUUAGCUUUAUAAAAAGAAAGAGUGACAUUUAGUACUGUUAGUACUGUCAAAUAAGUUAAAUACCAAUAUUUGUGUCUAAUUAUUUCAAGCUUUUAUUUGGGCAGAAUACUAAUGGAAUGAUUCAAACUUAUAUCCUCAAAAAUACUGUGAAUUAUGCAAACAAAUAUGUAUGCAAAAGCUGAUUAAUUGAGCAUCCCCAUUUUUUAAUUUACACUGGAUUUAAUUAAUUAUCCGUUUAAUCAACUCUCAAACUCCCUGCAGUUUCCAUUUGAGAAACCCUUUUAAAAUUGCACAUAGGAAUUAAAAGGGCAGGAUCUAUACAGUGUUUGUUGGGGUUAUAUGGCACACUGAUUCUAUCAUACAAAUAAAAAAGUUGAGCCACAGAAGUUUUUGAAGAUUACAGCCCUGCUUCCCUCCUGGAGCUCUGCAUAUAGUCCAUCAAUGCCAUCCCGCCGUCAUACCUGAAUACACUCGGGUCAUAAUACUGGGUGGUACUGCCAUUUGAAAUAAAUUUCUGAAACACAAGCAGCAGAAACAAAUGCAAAUUCGCCCUUUAAUUAAAGCAGAGCUGCCUGACUCCUGGGUAUCAGCCCACGGUGUGCCAGCAGCAAUACCCCCCUUGCAGUCUUUAAACAUGCUGCUGUGGGUAAUUUGAGGGGCAGGCGUCAUCUCCGCCUGUUAGUGUGACCACUAAUUGGAGUCUGGACCAUGGCCUGUACUUGGAUGGAGGCAGAGUGGUGUGAAUGAUAUAAGAUUACAUCGUGAGGGGAGCAGAGGUAGGGGACAGCCACCCAAGAAUACUGGGGUUGCUGUAUGGAGGGAUUCAGAGAGGUCAGGCAAAUCACACACAAGCUGCCAAAUCCUUUACUUUAUAUACUUUUAUAGACCGCUCAUUAGAAGUGUGGUAAGAGUCCUUUAGUUCUCCAACAGCAUUUAAUGGAGACUGUGAUGACGAAUAUAAAGCUUUUGACUUUUUGAACUGGGACAUAUAGUACGACUUUUGCAUCUCAUGUAAAAAUGAUAUUUUUGUUACAUUAAGUCAGUAUAGCUGAAAGUUGGAUUUCAUGUGGUUUAUGUAGACUAUUGUAUGACAACAAUUAUUGUAUCUAUAUGGUACACUGUUGGGAGAAACUGUGAUUACCAUAGCAAAUGUCUUGGAACAUUCAAUGUCUUGCACAUUCUGAUUUUCAUUUUAUACAAAUACAGUUUUAGCAAAAAUGCU